AUGACCGAAGGCUAUGAGUCUUCAGCUCUUGGUUAUGGUAGCGGCGGUUGUGAUGGCAUUGGUAGGGCGUUUGGAGAGAGGAACGGGCAGAGCGACAGAAGCAGAAGGUUCCAAGUGUGUGCGGUUCGGCAUGUGACUGUACGGAAGGCGUUGGUGGGAGGGAGAGUGUGGAAGUUUGCACGAGUGGAUGGGAUUGAGUACAAGCAGGGAGGUGGGCGGCGGACAAAUGAGAUUGAGUUUUGCCCGGUUGCAUGGCAGCAGGAGUUUAAGUGUGGCACUGGAGGGCCUGGGAGCGCAAGGGAGCAACAGCCCCCGACAUGGAGCGCUGGGGACAUCAUGGCGGAGUGCCCUGGGCUGCUGGCUUGGCUGAGCGAGAACUUGCCAUAA